UCGACUGUGGUUGGUCAAUUUCUUACUCUUACUUCCUACUUCUUGCUAUUUACUUCCAAUGUAGACGUCCCUUAACGCGAGCAAAUCUAUUCUGAGGUCACUUUUGGAUCGAACGCAACAACUUUUGGUUUUAUAGGUUAUAUCUCUCUUAGACGUUCUCUUAAGCUGAUUUUUUCGUUGCUCGUUCCAUAAAUAAAAAUUUUAUAUAAUAUACUUGUGACAAGACAAGUUAAAGAUUAUUGACUAAAAAAAGUGAAUUACUGAUAAACUGUAUUGAAUCUCCGCUGUAAAAUGCUAAAGUUCUUGAUGUAUUAAAAGCAAGUGUUCUAUUUUAUUUACUGUCAACAUUACGAAAGGCUAUACAAAUCAGUUUUGAGUCAGUAAUUUGGCAUUAUGGCAGAUCGUUUGACACAAUUGCAAGAUACUAUUAACCAGCAAGCAGAACACUUUUGCAACAGCGUUGGUAUUCUACAGCAGUAUUCUACACCCAGUAAAUUUCCUGGCUUUGAUCGUAUUGGCACACCACAGCCACAUCAAACUCAAGAAGAUUAUGCUUCUUUAUUUGCAACUCUCAUUGCAAGGUGUGCAAAGGAUAUUGAUACAUUAAUAGAGAGUUUGCCAAGUGAAGAGUCAUCUCAAGAACUUCAAGUAGCUAGUCUCAAUCGGCUUGAACAAGAAAAUCAAGAGGCUGGUGAACAACUGGAAGAAAUAGUGAGACAAGGAGAAGCAUUGCUUCAGCGAAUUCAAGCUGCUCUGCAGGAUAUAGCGCAGAGCCAGUUGGACAUGCAGAAUCCUACAUCCACAGCUGUGAUCAAUAUGAAUCUAAAUACUAAUCCCAUUAUAAAACAGGAACCUCUUAGUUCUAUCAACACAGUACCUUCAAAUAGCACACAUCAACUAUCAGACCCUUCACCUAAUUCAAUAAAUCAAUGACAUAUUUAUGAUUUGUUGUAA